GGGCGCCGGGCGCUGGGGCUGGAGGAGGCGGCGGCUCUGCGCCUGCGGGAUAACCGGGACCUGGCCGGCCGCGGGACGGCGUUUUCCCGUUCGUACCUGGCGCGGUGUUUCGAAGGCGCCCACCCGGCCCUGCCUGCCGAGGGGAGAGCAGCGCUCGUCGAUUUUCUCACCAGCCGGGAGCUUGUUUCGUACGUGGCGCGAAACCUGGCUGUGCAGGACCUGACGCUGUGCAGCGAGUUCCCCGUCCCGCCGGACGUGCUGCAGAGGACGUUCUUCGCCGUGAUAGGAGCCCUGCUCGACAGCAGCGGGCCCGAGAAGGCGGGGGUCUUUGUCAGGGAUUUUUUUAUUCCCCAGCUGAUUGGAAAAGACCUGUUUGAGAUCUGGGAAGUUAUAAAUCCUAUGGGCUUACUAGUGGAAGAGCUGACCAAGAGGAAUAUCUCUUCUCCAGAACCAAGAAUUACCAGGCAGCUGGGAGUCAGCACGGUUCUGCCACUGUACUUUGUUGGACUGUACUGUGAUAAGAAGAUUAUAGCUGAAGGUCCUGGUGAAACGCUGCUUGCUGCGGAGGAAGAAGCUGCCCGCGUGGCGCUGCGGAAGCUGUACGGCUAUACAGAGAACAGGAGACCUUGGGAUUACUCGAAACCCAAACAAGGACUGGCAGCUGAAAAGGCUGUCAGCAGUAACUAGAUAAAAGACAUUUCUGGUUUCUCUUAAGAAUUAGUGGCUUGCACGCAGAAUAUAGAUGUAUUUAGGAGAGCAAAAUUAAGUUCGGUUUUCUGAUCUUCACUGCUUGGAACUUUCAAAUUAAAUACAGUAUUGAA